CUUACGCAUAUAUGCAGGAUAUAUAAGUUCAUCCCAAAUUUGUGUGGGAUCGAAGGAGGGAAAAAUAGCCAGGGGAUUUCUUUUCAGUUAGCACAAUAUUAUUAUGUUCGGUACAAUGAAGUCGCGAUAUAUGGAUUGGAUGUUGGUCAUUUGCCUUGCAGUCGUCAGUUUUCUUCCGGUUAUUUUCGGUGAUCGCCGGUUUUGCGGCUACGGUCUCUCAAAUGCCCUUAAAUUAUUAUGUCAUGGAAAAUAUCACUCAAGAUUAGGUCCAAAUGUGCAACUGGCACUGCAGACGCGAUCAAGAAGAAAGCGGGAAAUUUUUGACUCUAGUGGAAUUGUUGAGGAAUGUUGCGAGAGACCUUGCAGCAUCAGCGCACUUACCAAAUAUUGUGCUGAACCUCCUGGUCAGCCUCUUUUAAACCUAUUUGGAUCGUCACCACUCUUUGCGGACAAUCAGAACAAAACUGCUUUAUCGAGCUUGCUUCCCCCAAAUUCUGUUGUGGCGCUGCAAAGUGCGCCUUCACCGGAAGCGGCAUCAAUUUUUAGUCGAUUUCCAUCGGCGGUUCAAGAAAACGAGCCCUUUGAUUUGUCCCCUUUAAUGGAGGAAUCAAGUACUCGACAAAUUGCGGAACCAACUCGACAAAAACGUUUCUCCAGAAAUUAUUACAGAAGAAAGCGGAAAGUGCUGCCAGCAGAUUUAUCUAUAUAGCAAAUAAACAAUACAGCUGAUUCCCUUUCUCAGUCCCGUGCCAGAAAUGCUUAUACGCAUGACGCUGAAACGAUGCGAAAAGUAUUAUAUUUUCUGUCAGUAUUACUGCAAU